GUUUAAUUAAUUUGAAAUAUUUAUCUAUCUCUACAAAAUUAUUUUCCCUUGCUGUCUCUUGCAAUUGCCUUAAAUAUUAAAUCAUGCUUGCAUAUUUAUUAUAUUAACUUAUACUAUUUCGUACACUUUACCAACAAAAAAUAUGUAUAGCAUAGCCAAAACUAGGGGAAACACUCUUAUUUGAGAAAAAAAGGGUUUCUUUCAAAUUUUCGUUUAAAGUAGUAUGUGAUGAUUAGUGAAGAAAAGUAAUUAAUUGCUGAUUAGUAUAAAUAGAUGGUGCAGUUAUGCAUAAUCAAGGAGAUUAAGGGAGAGAGAUGGGACACCAUUGCUGCAGCAAACAGAAGGUGAAGAGAGGCCUUUGGUCUCCCGAAGAAGACGAAAAGCUCAUCCGACACAUCACUAGCUACGGCCACGGCUGCUGGAGUUCCGUCCCUAAACUCGCCGGGUUGCAAAGGUGUGGGAAGAGUUGUAGAUUGAGAUGGAUAAACUAUCUGCGGCCGGAUUUGAAGAGGGGGUCGUUCAACGAGCAGGAGGAGAGGACGAUCAUCGACGUCCACCGGAUCCUGGGGAACCGGUGGGCGCAGAUCGCGAAGCACUUGCCUGGGAGGACUGACAACGAGGUGAAGAACUUCUGGAACUCGUGCAUCAAGAAAAAACUGAUAGCUCAGGGUUUGGAUCCCAACACACACAAUCUACUUUCUCUCUCCUCCUCCACUAAUAAUAACAAAAGAGGCCUCAUUUCCACCUCAGCCUCCCAUCAACAGCCUUUCACUGUUGACACCACGGCCACGGCCGCGGCCGCGGCCGUGGCUCCCAUCAUCAGUGCCACAUCGUCGUUGCACGACCAGUUCAGCGUUCUGAACGAGAGCAGCUGCAUUGACUGGGCUGCGGUGACGCAGCAAUUGGCAGCACUGGGACAGGAACCUGAGCAGCAGCAACAACAACGACAGCAUGAGGUGGCGGCGGCGGCGUGUGUGUACAAGUACAAGGUGGAUGAUGACGAGGACGAGGUUCUACUAAGCUCAAGUGGUGGUGAGCAGCUGCAGCAGGAUCUGUUUGACGCCACGUGUCACUUCGAUUUUCCGUUUCUGGAUUCUGCAUUUAUAGCUCCACAAAAUUAUAACCCUAUGGUUAUGGAUGAUGCUCUUGCUUGGGACAUUGUUAAUUGAUUCAUUCAAGUUUCCCAUUUGUUGUUAUGGUUGUUAAUCAGUUACAUAUAAUUUUGGAAUUUUAAGAGAUAAAUUUUCUAUAUU